AUGGACGAUUUCUUUGCGAAGCUCGGAGGAGAGAUUGUCGAUGUCGAUGAAGAAACUUUCGAUCUCUUCUCUCAAUGUCCCUCGUCACAAGAUCUGGGCAUGGUCGAUGCUGCAGCCUCAUUACUGGAACUCUCGGUUGCCGGCCGAGACUUUGAAAUCGCUCAGUCUCCCGGCCUUCUACAGUCUUCUCGAGGCGGAGGCACUACGGGCGCAGCGGUCUGGAGAAGCUCAGUCCGACUCGCCGAAUGGCUAGCAUGGGACCGCAAUCCUUUGUUCACGACAAAAGCUCUGCACUCCGAGUCUACGAUCCUGGAACUAGGAUCUGGCAUCUCAGGACUUGUACCGUGCAUUUUGAACUCGAAGGUGAGCAAAGUCAUCGCUACAGAUCAGGCAUAUGUACUCAAAGCUCUGCGAGACAACAUCGCAAUGAAUGUGACCAUUUCGAGUACUUCACAGAAACGCAAGUCCAGCCGCACAUCGGAUGGCAACGUGAAGCCCGCUGUCAAUAUUGACACGGUCGCACUGGACUGGGAGAACGACGAUGUCACGAGCGUACUGAGCGAGAACAACCUCAAAGGCGGUGUCGACGCUGUCCUUGCUUGCGACUGUGUCUACAACUACGCUUUGAUCGAGCCUCUGGUACAGACGUGCGCGGAAAUUUGCAGCGUGCGCAGUUACUCCGACGAGGAGCCAGCAAGGAGCGAAAAACAGACCAUUUGCGUUGUAGCACAGCAACUCCGGCAGCCGGACGUGUUCGAGCAAUGGCUUCAGACGUUCCAUAGAUCGUUUCGAGUCUGGCGAAUGCCGGAGGAGCUUCUGUCAGCCGACUUGAAAGCAGGAAGCGGCUUUGUUGUGCACAUCGGCAUUCUGCGGCUAGAAGUCCGAAGAUAG